UGUUGAAACAUUUGCAUGAAAUUCUCUGUAGGUACACUGGACUACUCUUGCUCCAAAGCCCCUGCCCCUGUUCAAGAUAAGACACCGAAAUCCAAUGAGUCAAUUUUUGAUGCUUGCCAUUGGGUUGAUUGUGGAGGUGGCUCAUGCAACAAGACAUCCAUCUUCUCCUAUAAUUGUGAAUGUGAUGCUGGCUAUUACAAUCUCCUAAAUGUCACUGCCUUCCCUUGCUUCAUGGAAUGUUCUAUUGGCAUGGGUUGUUCUGAACUUGGAAUAUCAAUCAAAAACUCAUCUACUUCUGCACCACCAGCAUUGAAUGACAACAGUAAAAAUGAGGGUAGCUCAAUUUUACGAGGAAGUUCACUUUGGCUGGUCAUGCUAGUUAUGUUCAUGACAAUGCUCCAAUUGCAAUAGGAUAAUUGCAGGAUGAUUUUAGCAGUACUUCAUUAAUUCUAUGCUAUUAAUUU